CCUUCCACCGGGUUGGAUCGUCAUUGCUGUCGGUCGGUCGCGUCAGUCGUCACCGCGCGCUGUUGUGUAUAUCGUUGCCUGCCGGCAUGUGUGCUUAGCUUAUAGCAUGUUUUGCGGUUUUUCCUUUCUCUGUUCUGUGCGUCCUUGUUAAUUAUGCCAGCAGUGUUUGAGCGGAAUGUGCCACGAAAGGAUUGUACAUGCUUAGCUCAUUAGAACGACUAUUGACAAACAAAAGUGCCAGUGAAGUUCUCCGUUGGAUCUGUGAUUGGACGGCUUUUUUAAGUUCAGUGUUUCAACAGUGCUAUCGGUACUCGCAAACAAAAGUUUUGUCCUUGAUAUUGAUUCACGGAUGAGUCAGGUUAAACAAUACGGUAUGGCUUCGGAUGUUCUUUUUGUUUGUUUGGAUAGUUAAUAAUCGUUAAGCGAUUGGAGGCUGUUUCGGUGCGUAAAUAACGGUUACCAUCGCAGCUGAUUACUUUAUCGUAAGUGCAAUGAGUGCAAGUUCCGGUUUCGCAGUCGCAUAUCCGUUCUCGUGUAAAUGGAAUGUCCAAGAUAUACGAGACAAGUUGGCGAGCACGGGCAGUAUGGUAAUUGAAUGUUGAUCAUCUCUUGCAGAAUUGCUAAUUAUGCACAAAUUACGAACUGGUUGAACAGCUUGGGAAAAUUGAGGCAUUGAACAGUGAGACUCAUAUGUGAGGCACUUGCAGGAAGUUGUUGUGUGGGAGAAGAAAAAAGAAAUAAUUAUCUCGAAAAAAUUUCGGAUGAAAUCGAUCCAGUGGUAGUGUGUGAGUGCGCAUUGAUAAUUAUUAACCGUAAGAUCGAAUAGUUCACCCACUGAGCAAAGGCUCGAAACCUGACGCGAACGGUAGCACAGUGCUGAGUGCGGUAGAAAUCGAAGAAAAAUGUCCGAAGCGUGUGAGCUUUCUGAAUAUUAAAGUCAUCGGUGAGGCAGUUGCUCCGGCCAUCGUUGGAGGCGACUAUGAAUAUGAAAAUAUAUUUUUCAUCGAUGCAAAUAUUAAAGUGAAAUCGAAUGUUGAUUUAUGUGUGUGGCUAGCCUGGCUAUCGCGGCAGUCAAAGUGAGAGUAAACAUUUACGGUCCCGGACGACGACGUUGACACGAUGGCUUGAAGCUGAUCGGAUAAUACACUUAGAACGGAUUGCAAAACGAAAAAUCCAAGGUCAGUAAGAUGGUGAAAGAAUUGAGCUUCGCGGUUUCGCUGCGAGAAAUGCCGCCAAUUGAAUCAGUGAAUUGAAGUUAGCAAUAAAGGACUGUUUCUCAUUACGAGGUCUUCGAACCGAAAGUACUAAUGGUGCAUCCGAAGGAGACGAGUAUGAAUUUUGUUCAACCCAGCACGUACCAGCGACCGGCAGUAGAAUUGCGUGUCUCUACGGGUUCCAGCUGAAGACUUCUGGCAGCAGAGAGUGGCCCAAGCUCGAGGUUCGCCAAAUACUGACAGUCAUCCGACGAUGAGGUGGUUCAAACGAUCCACCGAAUCUCCUAAACUGCUUAGCCUUUCGCCACUGCGACAUUCCGAGCUAGGGAAUGCCUACGAAGGCCAAGAGGCUUAUCAACAACAACAACAACAACAGCAGCAGCACGAGGAAUCCACCCACGAGAAUGGUGACGAACCGACGGCCGAACCGGUCUUGCCCGGACCAUUGGUGGAUCUGUUUGCCACUUCUUCGGGUUGCUCCUCAAGUUCAUCCGGGUCUGGUUCGUACACCACCAGCUGCAGCUCCCCAUCAACCACGUCGUCACCUUCUACCUCAGCGACCUUUUCCUACACCAGUGAUAGUAGCAGUUUGAGCGCCCUCGGAUGCAAGAAUCAUUCCAAGAUGAUUAACGGCGGUGGCUCUGGAGGGAGCGGAAUUAUGGCGCGAAAGUCGCGCAUUGAUUUAUCUCCGGUUAACUGGACCAAAAAAUCGUCCAUCAAUUGUUACAACAUCGAGGAGGGACGUGUCGUGGAUAGGCCCAAGGGUCGCUAUUUAUCACCAAUUCGGAUUAAGAACAAGCAGCAAGCUUUAGCGAAUCAAAGUGGCGGAACGAGUACUCCCGUCUCAAGGCGGAUUUUACAACGCGAGAAAGGCUCUCUGGAUGGUGGAUCUCCGGCGGGUGAAGGAGGCCUGAUCCGCAAUUUGAGUAAAUCGAUUGGCAACAUCAGUACUUCACUAGCCGACAAAAGCCCAUCGUUGAGUCAGCGAUCAGUAGUUUAUCGCGAAAAAGAGAAGAAAAACCCACUAAGCAAUACACGACUGUCUUGCUAUCAGACGAUAAAUUUCGAAACAAGCGAAUGUGUCAGUAAAGGUCCACAGUACAAGUCCGUUGACGACUUAAUCUUUAUCAAAGGGGCCAGAGAGGAUCGUGAAAGUGACUUUUCCGGUACCGGAGAUUGCGCGCUAAACAAAGAACGAACAGAAUCCGAUAGCACCAACCACAGCACUUCGGCAGCAGCGGCGGUCAGUCAGUUAAACCAAAGUCUUAUCUCUAGUAGCGUUAGUUGUAAUAGUAGCAGCAGUCGAAUAACAACACCAUCAACCACUGAGCAGCACUUAUCAGCCGCAGUCGCAACCGAUGAACCAAAGAGCGACCGUUCCGUUAUGGCCGCCAACGACGUUCCCGGAGAUCACGACGAAACGUACGGAUUUGCGCAGAUGCGAGAAACCACUUUCGAGAACAUGUAUCGACAGAAAUUGAACGCACUGAAAAAUGAAGAAAUCGCAGCAGCCGAAGCGGCCAACAAUGGGUUCAAAACGCCCCAGAAAAAGAAGGACAAUUUUACCAACAAAAUAAGAGCGAUGUCCGACCGAACGCAGAGGUUAUUCUCCAAAAUUUACUUCAAUUCGUCCUAUAAAACCAACAGCACCGAUGAGAGCGUUUUACACUCAAAUUGUAAAUCUCUCAAAAAAUCAUCUUCAAAGCCAGCGGACAACCGCCGAAGCAUAAGUUACGGUGCUCUUCCGGGGCUUACAGAUUUUCAGAAGAAUUUGGAAAAGAACCAGCAUAGUUUGCAGCUUUCGGAUCACCACCAGGAGGACGAACUGGGUGGAACGGUCAUUCAUCUUGCCGUUUCGAACAACCGUGCGGACACCGAGGACUGUGAUUCCGGAAUUCUGGUGAACGAAUCCGGGGCUUCGUCUAUUCUAGAAUCAGAGGACGUAUUUUUGCCAAACAUUCCGUCGAAAGUGCUGAACAAUUGCACCGAAAAUACUGAAUUCAAACUGGUGACUAUCAAACUGGACGAAAACAAUGACGACGCAAAUAACUUGGGCAUCAUUGUGAGCCACAUGGGUAAUGGCGAGGGAGAAAUCAGUAAUCGAUACAAAGUGGCUCACGUCCUGCCGGGUGGAUUGGUGUACACUGAAGGCACCAUUCAACCGAAUGACGAAAUCGUCAACAUACUCGGUAAACGAUUGCGUGGACUCUCGAUGCGGCAGGUUCAGGACCUGCUGAACGGUUGCACCCGGCGUGGCAGCGGCCGAACGAGUAUCGAUCUUGUCAUUUGUAGGAGUAAGGUAAAUGAUAGUGAUCUAUUUAGCGAAGAACUGGAACAACAGCAGCCGGCGAACCGACGGUUGUUCCGGAAUAAUCGGAUGAUUUCGCUGGAUUCCUACCUAAACGAGGAGAAACAGCAGCACUUUGCCGGCGAGGAGCCGCAGCACAGCGACACGAACUCCGACCAGGACAACUACGCUUCGGUUGCUAUCAAAAUCGACGGCAGCAAGUUCAACACGCUGGGAACGCCACGUCGCCAGAAACCCCUCUCAAUCUCGGCCUGCAAGCGGCAAGAAUCUCCCUCGCCGACCGACAUGCCCAGCAUCGAGGUGGACUCACAGCCUCCAUCGCUGGACUGCAUCAAGCGACGUUCGUUCCAGAAAAACGCCGUGAACAGUGGCGCCAGCAAUGGGUCGAAGUUGGUACGACGCUCGCUGGUUGGCAAACAGACCCCGGCGUACAGUGUGGACCACGUAACCAAAAGCACGAUGAAUCUGUGCGACGAUGAGAAGCUGGAACUCAGCAGUGGCGCUUCCGAUGACGCAGAAACGAGCAGUGGCACCGGUUCGCUUGAGAUGGACAAAACUAUGACCAAUUUUUGCACGCUUCCAAGGCGGCCUAAAAGCUCGCUUUGUUCGUUUCAUACGGUCACUUUCGAGAAGGGCCCAGGCAAGAAGUCACUGGGUUUCACGAUCGUCGGAGGUCGGGAUAGUCCACGAGGGGCGUUGGGUAUAUUCAUCAAGAGCAUUCUACCAACUGGGCAAGCUGCCGACGAUGGACGACUGAAGGCGGGCGAUGAGGUUUUGGCCGUUAACGGACAGGUUUGUCACGAUCUAACGCACCUGGAGGCUGUCAAAAUGUUCAAAAGCAUCAAAUCGGGUGAAAUAGUUUUGCAGUUGUGCAGGCGAAGUAAGGCUUGCAAGGGAGAGCGCGACAGUAGUGGCGCUAACUGCUAGGACCGAACUUUGUAUAUUUCCAUUAAUCCUUGUUUUAAAAGGCUGUGUAGGAAUCUUUAGUGGGAUAAAAUAUUUCUGUGCAAUUUAUUUCAAAAGCUAAAAAAAGAAAACAGCGGAAUAUUAUUACAAACUUUUAGAGCAAACUACUUAUUCAUGAGACUUAUUAGCUUAGAAAGGAAAAUUGUAUGAAUUGAAAUGAGUGUAAAAAUUAUGCUUUAUUGGUAUCGUUUUUGUGUUCACCUUGAAACAAGCAUUUUUGGAGUCUAUAUGUUUAAUAAAAGAUUACAGCGGAAAGCUGAUAUAGUAUACAGUAUAUUCAUAGAAAUUAAA